AUGGCUUCGUUGUUCGAUCAGAAGACCCCGCCCGGUCUGUUCAUCGCGCAGGCGGUUGGCAUCACAGCAAGCGGAUUCCUCCUUGGCCAGAAUGCAGGUCUCUCGCUCACCGCCGUGCCUGCGGUGAUGCAAGCUCCUGCGCCGCUGGCAGCCAAGCAGUGGUUCACCGUGCUCACCAUUGGCGGGUUCUACGGCAAGCCGCUCGCCAUUGCAAGUAGUCUUGCGACGGCAUAUGUCGCGUACCACCAGGACCCCUCCUCGCUGCCCUUCAAGCUCAACGUCGCAGCCGCCAUUCUCUUCCCGAGUAUCAUCCCUUUCACCAUCGCGUUCAUCGUGCCCACCAACAACAAGCUGGAGGCCAGAAUGAGGCAGCUCGAGUCCACGUCGCUGGAGGACAAGGCUGUCGAGGCUGGCGUGGCCGAGGUUGAGACCACACACGCGCUGAUCGACAAGUGGGGGGUGUUGAACCUGGCGCGGGCGGGGAUUAUCGCUGCUGGUGUCUUGUGUACGGUCGUGGCGGCGCUGGACAAGAGGGAGGCUGUUAGGUUCGGUGGUGUUGCGCUCAGGAGUGGUGCGAACAGGCUUGGAUGA